AUGCAGCGUCUUCGUCAGCUUGUAUUCAUGGCCGUCAUGGCCGUCUCCACCACAGCGGUGGACGUCCCGGCUGCUACUACCAAUGCUGAGACCGAGCAGCACACGCACUUGCGUGGUCUUUUGGAAAAGUUUGUGAGUAACAAUCAGACGCCCGCGCCCGUGCGGGAACUUUUGGCCAUUUGGGAAGAAGGCAAAGUGGGUGAGCCCCGACAGCUUCGUCCUAUAAAGGAGAAAAUUGUGGGUGGGGAGACGGUUGUAGUGUUUAACGAUCGCCGUUUGAGCCUUGAAGCCAAGAUGGAGUCCGCUCUUGUGACCUUUGAUGUGCACUCGAGUCCAAAUUGUGUUGUGAGUGUGUGUGGUGAGCUAAGCAAGUGGUAUCUGGGCUCGAAGGAACAGUGCUUUGACCUUCGCAUUGCUCCUAAGUCUACGGAUCAGCUAGAAAAUGGGCUCAUUCGAGGGAUUUCGGCUGCCUACUCGGGUUUACGCCCUGUAGCCUCUAAUCUGUACCUGAAGUUUGACGAGACCAACUUUAUUGACGGUUCAAAGUGUGAGUAUGAGAUUCUCUCUGGCAGCAAGACAAUACGCGAGGACGAGGUGGCUAGUGGCUCGCAGACCGCCAUGGCAUAG